AAUAAAUCAUUUCGCCUUAUUUGUUCGGUUCGCGCGCGCCGGGAGUAAAGUUCGCGUGAAAGUGUGUGACAUGUCGGGACAUGCCCGUCCAUCCGUCCAUCCACACUGACGCGCGCGCACACACACACACACCGGAGACUCAGCAGCAGCGUGAGAACCCGAAAGGAGCGCGAGAAGGACGGGGAACCGGGGAGCUGAGUGAAGAUGGACUGUGCAGAAGACGAGUUUUCUCUUCAUGGUGAAUGUCGGACGUGUCCACGCUGUCCCCCUGGAUAUGAACUGAAGCAGGAGUGUGGCUAUGGAGUGGGCGGAGCCAGUGUGUGUGGUGUGUGUGAGCGACGCUGGUUUAAGGAGGACUGGGGUUCACACUCAUGCAGGAUGUGUCAGAACUGCCACCGCCUCAACAGACAGGAAAUCACAACAUGCACACACACACACAAUGCUGUUUGUGGAGACUGUCUGCCUGGGUUCUACAGUAAAAGGCGACUGGACGGACUGCAGGAUUUGGAGUGUUUGCCUUGUGGUUCUGCCCACAUCAGACACACACAGUGUGAAACUAAAGGUACCACUGUUAAAACAUGGAGUUCUGAAGCUCCACCCCUCAAUGCUGCCACGAUGAUGACUGCAUGUGUGACAGCUGCUGUCAUGGCAACCGUUUUAUUGAUUAUUAUGGUUCUAAUGUGUAGAGGAUUUAACACACUUCGGAAAACAUUUAAAGGCUGUUUAUCACCCCGCAGUCACCGUGACAUUGCAGCUGCCUCCGUUUCCGUAGCGACAGAGUACAGCAUGACCCAGGAAGCAGAAUAUGGUUGUUUGGAUGUCCCUGCCUCCUCACUUCCUGUGGAACACAGUGCCCUCUUCAGUGACAUCACUUCCUGCGGGGUCAUCACCCAGGCCACGAGGUCACACCACAGGGGGUCAGGGUGGGCGGGGCACGGCCCAGUGGAGUGCACAGAGCGAGAGAUUUUACACGGAGAGAAGAGAACACCGAUGUCUGAGGUUUUGUUUGUAACAGAAAACAUGAGCAGGUCUUUACAAGGAGAACAUCCUCAACUCUCACCGCAGGAACAUCUAGCAGGAGCCGAUGCUACAGCUAACACAGCUAAUACAGAGAACACACCUCGUACUGCUAAUAAUGCAAGUGAAAGGAGCUAAUAACGCUAACUGCAACAAUGCUAAAUCUAUAACAAUUGAUCAUGCCAACACUAGAGCAGAAUGAGUACUAGCACUAAUCCUGUUAGCUAACUUUGCUAAUAACUGUAUUAUUGAUGUGCUACUGCUAGAAGUAUGAGUUGUUAGCUGCUGAACAAAUGCAGAAUGCUAACUGUAACAUCAGACAGUCAGAGGUGAUAUUUCUGUGGCUAACUGUGACGUUUCUGGAGUGUCGUAAUGUUCAGUGUUAUCAUCAUGGUGCUAGUUAACACAGCGUUUACAUGAUAAACAGCUAGUUAGCUGCUCACAUCUGAUGUCAUGCUCAUAUUAAACACACGUUCCUUUAACAGCAUUAUUAAAGUGGCUUGUUAGUGCAUUUUCUAAUAAGCUAGCAUCAAACAAGAGUGUUGCUAAAUACGCUAAUGAUAUCAUACGUUUUUAUACUUUCUUAAUUCAUAAUCAUUUCUUUUUAAUAUAAAUGCUAAUUUUAACCUGAUGUCUGGAAUAAUGGAAUUCAUCACCUGAAGGAUGAGCAUGAAGGUUCUCCAGAUGGUUCUCCAGAUGGUUCUCCUGAGCUCUGUAGAGUUUCCACAGUGACUCUGAUGCUGAGGUGAAGUUCAUCAUCGAGCUGUUGAGGGAUUCAGACACAUGCUAAUGUUUGCCUUUAGCAUCGCUAAGCUCAGCAGCGUCACCGCGACUCUGAGAAGAUCUUUUCUAUAGAAACAUCAGAGUCUCACUUCCCUCCGUUUCCUCCAGAGUUUUGUGUGUUCAGUUGUUGUACACGCUGCACUGAGAGUUUGUAGAAGUUGAGGUAUUUUAUAUGAAGCUGUUUGUUCUACUGAACUCACUUUCAUCUGCUGCUUUUGGGUUUUUGUUGUAAUUGUGUGUAAACUUAAAAAAUGUCAAAUUUUCCAUUAUAUAAAAAUGUUUUGUAGCAAAAAUAAAAAUAGAGUUUUGUUUUGUU